AGAGAAGAAGUGAAAGGGAGGAAAAAGGGAAGAAAGAAGCAGAGAAGAAAAAAGGGAGGAUACAACAACUACAACUAUGCUGUGUUGCAUAAGAAGAACCAAACCGGUGGAGAAGAAUGAGGAUGCGGACCAGAAGAUUGAACAGGAUGGCACCACCAACAAACCCGAGGACAAGGCCCACAAGGCUGCCACGAAAAUACAGGCUAGCUUCCGCGGACACAUAACUCGGAAAAAGAUGAAAGACGGAGAGGAAGAGAAAGAGGGAGACAGUCCUGCUGCUGCAGAGGAGGCGACAGAGGGAGGAGAGGAGGCAAAGAAAGUGGAGGGAGAGGAUGCACCUGCAAAGGAGGAUGAAGCUGCAGGAGAGGAGGCCAAGAAGAAGGAGGAGGAGACGAGCCAAGCCAAAAGCCCAGUGGCAGACAAGCCAGCUAACUCUCCGGCAGCUGCUGCGGCCUCUCCUGGAGGCAAAGCGGCGUCUCCCGUAGCGGCAGCACCGGCCGUCGCUGCAGCUGCUGCUGCGGCCUCACCCACGGCCGCCACAGCGCCCUCUGAGCCUCCGAAAGAGGAGCCAAAGGUGGAGGAGAAAGUCGAGGAGAAGCCCAAAGAGGUAGAGGCCCCAGCGGCGGCAGCCAAGAGUCCCACCACAGUGACAGCUGUGGAGAAUAAGGAGGAAGAGGAGAGCGAAGAGAAAAAGGAGGCCAGACAAGCCGAUGUGCCUGCUGUUGUCAGCCCGACAGCUGAGAAGGAGGAGCCUAACCAAACAAAAGGUAAACAAGAUGCUGCAGAGGAGUCUAAAGCAGAGGAGGCCACUCCGGCAGAUGCAGCGGCGGAGGGCACUGAGUCCAAGGAUGACUAAGGCGAAGUCUAACCUAAAGAAAGCAGAAUUAUGAAGAAUAACACAAAAACAAAAAUCUAAAAAAGUUGCUCUUGGCCUUCCCAAUGUGAAGGCAGUGCGUUUCUAUUUGUUUGUCAUUUUUUGUGUGGCAAUGAUUUACUCAUGUUGGGGGAGUUUCCAGCGUUACGUUUUUUGGCUCAAGCUAAUACUAUGAGGAAGUGGUGAUGAUGAGGAUGAUGGUUGAUGUUGAUUAUGAAAAAUGAUUGUUACCACUCUCUAUUAUAAGUGAAUCAGUGGUGGAAUGAACGCUCCCAACUGGAUAUUUACACAUUUAAAAUGCGUUGUGAAUGCACCACACUUUAUUUGCAUUUCAAUGCACUUUAUUUCAACACAUUUCGCAAAAUAAAAUCCGUACUUCUGCAAAUGGACGCACAAAAACAAGCUGGUUUAAAAUGCAACUCUAGUUUUCAGCACCACAAGUGUAUUGAGAACACUGCAAAUAGGUAAUGUACUGACACAUCGGAUGGAGAAUAGAAUGUAUAAUUAAACGUGUGACACUUCCAGUUGGGCAGCUUUAUCCUGAAUCCAAAAAAACACACAUAGGACAAGACUAUUGCUCCCUCUCUAUUCUGCUUGAGUCAUUCAAGCUUGGUUUACACCCCUUUUACAAACUCCCUGUCUACUCACAUUUACAGUAAAGGACCUGUUGCCAUUUAAAUGAUAUACGCAUAUAAUAAACUAUAGAAGUCAGCUAUAGUAUUGGUGUAACUGGCUCUUACAUGACUAUUUGUGUUCUGACAACCAAAAGUGAGAACAGUAGCAUGAACCAUCGAACCAGAUGCAUGAUGGGAACUCUCCCUCUGAGAGGAACUUUUUCGCAGUCACAAAAACUUAAGAGGUGUGGCGGCUUCUUUUUUGAUGUCUUUGGUGUUGUUAUGACAGUUUAUAUGAAUUGGAAAAAUACUGAAUAAAAUAAAAAUGCACUGAUGUUACACAAAAAAAAAGUAAAAAGAAAAAUCAAACAAACUUUUCCCAUGUUCCAGUGAGUGCAAUGUCCAGUUUCAACCUUAUCAAGUUCAAACUUGUGAGAAAAAAAAUUAUGAAAAAAUAAAAAUGGUUUCAAUGUCUGUUUUCAAAAUAAAGCAAAUGUGCCAAUUA